AUGUUCAUAGUGAUCUAAUUAAUUCAGUAUGUUUCUCUCCUGAUGGUACUACAUUAGCAACUGGUAGUUAUGAUACUUCUAUCCGUUUAUGGGAUGUUAACACAGGAUAUUAAAAAUUCAAAUUAGAAAGUCAUACCCAAGAAGUCAAAUCUGUGUGCUUUUCUCCUGAUGGGUCUAAAUUAGCAUCAGGUAAUAAAGAUUAUUCUAUCCGUUUAUGGGAUGUUAAGACAGGAUAAUAAAAAGCCAAAUUAGAUGGUCAUAAUGGUAUAGUAAACUCAGUAUGCUUUUCUCCUGAUGGUAUUACUUUAGCAUCUGGUAGUAAUGAUACUUCUAUCCGUUUAUGGGAUGUUAACACAGGAUAAUAAAAAGCCAAAUUGGAUGGUCAUAAUAGUAUUGUGUACUCAGUAUGUUUCUCUCCUAAUGGUGGAAUAUAAAGACAGGAAAAUAAAAAGCUAAAUUGGAUGGCCAUAAUAAUUUGUCCAAUCAAUAAGUUUCUCUUCGGAUGGUACAUUAUUAGCAUCUGGUAGUAAAGAUAACUAUAUCAUUUUAUGGGAUGUAAAGACAGGAUAAUAAAAAGCAAAACUGAUUGGUCACUAAAAUUCUGUCCUAUAAGUAUGCUUUUCUCCUGAUAGCACUACUCUAGCAUCUUGUAGUAGUGAUAGAUAUAUCCGCUUAUGGGAUGUUAAUACAGGAUCAUAAACAACAAUAUUGUACGGUCAUUGUCAAAAUGUCUUAUCAAUAUGCUUUUCUCCAGAUGGUAGUACACUAGCAUCUGGUAGUGUGGAUAAGUCUAUACGAUUGUGGAAUAAAAAGGCUGGAUAAUAAUAUGCUUAAUUGAAUGGCCAUACUAGUCAUGUUAAUUCAGUUUGUUUCUCUCAUGAUUGUUGUACAUUAGCGUCAGGAAGUGAUGAUAACUCUGUUUGUUUAUGGAAUGUUAAUACAGGAUAAAUAAUAGGUAAAUUUGAUCGACAUAAGAAGUGGGUUCAUUCAGUAUGCUUUUCUCCUGAUAGCACUACUCUAGCAUCUUGUAGUGGUGAUAAAUCUAUCCGUUUAUGGGAUGUUAGAACAAGAUCAUAAAGAGCAAAAUUGUGGGGUCAUAGUAAUUGGGUCAAUUCAGUAUGUUUCUCUCCUAAUGGAACUAUACUAGUGUCUGGUGGCGCAGAUAAUACUAUCCGCUUAUGGAAUGUAAUGACUGGAUAAUAAAAACGAAAAUUCAAAGGCCACAAUGGUUAAGUCCAAUUAAUUUGCUACUCGCCUGAUGGAAAUACGCUAGUAUCUAAUGGUCUUAAUAACACCAUCAUUUUAUGGGAUAUUAAGACAGGAUUAUAAAAAACGCAAUUGCAUGGUCAUAAUAAAUUGGUCAGAUCAGUUUGCUUUUCACCUGAUGGUCAUACAUUAGCAUCUGGUAGUGAUGAUUAGUCUAUCCGAUUAUGGGAUGUUAUGACAGGAUAAUAAAAAGCAAAAUAAUGGUAAUACCAAUUGCAUCAAUUCAGUAUGUUUUUCGCCUGACGGUGAAUAUUAGCAUCCUGUAGUAGCGAUAAGUCUAUCCGUUUAUGGGAUGCAAAGAAAGGUUUAUCAAAAGCAAAAUUAGAAGGCCAUAGUGGAUUCGUCCUAUCAGUAUGCUUUUCACCUGAUGGUGCUACAUUAGCAUCUUGCAGUGAUGAUAAAUCUAUCCGUUUAUGGA